UCACAGUCCGCGUCACUUCCUGUUUCCCGGUGAGCUAACGACACAUGAUGGAAGAACACGCGACUGUUUGUGGUCGUUUAAUUUUAAUUUUAACGUUUAAGUAAAAAAAAGUUUUAUUUUAAAGUGUUUCUCUGCUGUUCUUCCUCCUCUUCUUCGUCGGUUCGUCGGGAGUUUCGAAACUCUUCCUCCAGCAGUCGAGAUGCCCGUCCUGUGCAGCAGCUGCGUGGACAAGCGCGCCGUGCUGAAGCGUCCGAAGACGGGCCACUCGCUGUGUAAGGAGUGCUUCUUCUGGGCCUUCGAGGAGGAGGUGCAUCAGACCAUCCUGGCGGCGAAGCUGUUCAGACACGGCGAGACGGUGGGCAUCGCCGCGUCGGGCGGGAAGGACUCCACGGUGCUCGCUCACGUGAUGAAGCUCCUGAACGAGCGAUACGACUACGGCCUCAAACUCAUGCUCCUCUCGGUGGACGAGGGAAUCACGGGCUACCGGGACGACUCGCUGGAGACGGUGAAGAGGAACCAGCAGCAGUACGAGCUGCCGCUGAAGAUCGUGUCGUACGAGGAGCUGUACGGCUGGACGAUGGACGCCAUAGUGCAGCAGGUCGGGCUGAAGAACAACUGCACCUUCUGUGGGGUGUUCAGGAGGCAGGCGCUGGACAGAGGAGCCAUCAUGCUGAAAGUGGACAAGAUCUGUACAGGUCACAAUGCUGACGACGUGGCGGAGACCGUUUUGAUGAACGUCCUGCGGGGGGACAUAGCUCGCCUGCGCCGCUGCACCGCCAUCUCCACGGCCAGCGAAGGCGACGGAGUCGUGCCGCGCUGCAAGCCGCUCAAAUACGCGUACGAGAAGGAGAUCGUCCUGUACGCUUACUUCAAGAAGCUGGACUACUUCUCCACCGAGUGCAUCUACUCGCCCAACGCCUACCGCGGCCACGCCAGGACCUUUCUGAAGGACCUGGAGAGCGUCAGGCCCAGCUCCAUAAUGGACGUCAUCCACUCGGGGGAGAACCUGUCUGUGCGGGAGGGGGUGAAGAUGCCGGUGCAGGGGACCUGUAACCGCUGCGGGUACAUCUCCAGCCAGGCUCUGUGCAAGUCCUGCGUGCUGCUGGAGGGGCUGAACCGAGGGCUGCCGAAGCUCGGGAUCGGCAAACACCACCGCCUGCACGACAAGAUCCUCUCGCAGACGCCGCUCACCGAGAAGGAGGAGAGGAAGCUGAGAUCCGUCGACUUCUGACGAAUAUUUAUAUUUCCUGAAAGACUGAAGAUAGAUCAUGAAAUUUUAGAAUGAACCACAUUUGUUGUCUUUUACUUAUUGUGUUCCUUUAUCAUCCAUUAAAUAUUUAUUAAAUGUUUCUGUGGAAUAUUGUAAUUCAGUGAAAGCUCUGCAGCAUCAGUCCGAUCUCUGCUGCGUUAACGGAUCCCUCCAGGAGUUAGCAGUGUCGGGUCACUGAGAUACUGUGUGUGCUAACAGCUGAAUGCUACACACACACACACACACACACACACACACACACACACACUAUAUAUAAGUGGACAUGCAACGUGAACCAGGACAUGUUGAGUUUUCUGUUAGAGAUGUUCAGUCUGAGUCUCCAGCUUCUAGAAACUGCCAGCUGCUACCUUGCAUAUGUUGAUGUGGAGAAUAUAAGAGAGGUUUAGGAGGUUUUGUUGGGACAUUUUCAAAAUACAAAAGUCUUUUUUUAAAACACAUUUCAGCUCCUGAUGGGCUGAUUCAGGUUCAUUCAUUCAUUUUGAGGUUGUUUAUAUGUUUGGACCUCCUUUAUAGAAUCAAUAAAGCUCAGUGUCAGAGCGAGUGUUCAGUUCUUCAGUUGGGUGUUUCUUCUUUGUCAGUUUGUGUUUUUGCUGCUGCGGUUGUGUAUUAAUCAUAUAAAUGACAUUAAAAUGAAUCAUAAUCAGCCCUCCAGGAGUUUAAAGGUCCAUUGUGUACUGAAAUGAAACCCACUCCUAUAAUGCUGAAAUAUUGUCUGUAUAGCUGAUUAUUAAUGCUUAUUGUGCAAAUUGACCUGAACUGUCAGUUUCUGAAAGCUGAGGGACCCAAACUGAACAUUUCUAACAUAAAAGUGAACACUUCGGGUUCCCAGUGUGUCUCCGGUGGCUGGUAAAUAGGAUAUAAUGACAGGAGAGGGUGGAAAUGUGUCAGAGAUAAACAGAGAGGUAGUUUCCACUGCGGGGAACUCUCUGAUGUGUUCUUUCUUUAUUUUCUGCCACAUUCCAAUAUGAACUAUAAUUUAAUAAAUGCAUUGUCCUUUUA